GCAAAACCACAUUCUGAUACAUUUGGAUGGGUUGCACAGAGCGAUUUAUUGCGACCAAACGAUAUAACCCUUUGUUAUCUACGUUAAACGUUCCUAAACUCCCGCGUGAUCCCAGGGGCCUGUCUCUUAUCUGGCGCGAUUAGGCCCCACCCGUCUAGUACAUCUAUCCCAUCCCUUCCAAGGUUACGUUACAUCUUCUAUUUUCUGCGUCUUGCUUGGGGGUCUAUUGAGACUUCUCAUAAUAUCACUGCUCUACACUCGAUGUGCAGGGCUGUCACCAAACAUCGUGAACAUCUCACGCCAUCGCAUCCCCGCAGCGAUGGACUUCCGCCUAGUGCCUCGCGGUACUGAUCGGAACUACACAGGAUUCCUCACAAAGACGAUAGUCUACAUCGGGACGCUGGUGAUAUUUCUGGCCUCGUUUUCCUUGACAGUAUCCUCGAUCGUCAUUCCAAAAUGGGUCAGCUACCAUAGCGAAAAGCCCGAGAUCGAUUACUAUUACGGCCUUCAUCGCCGCUGCUCCUCCCUCACCGAUACCUGCGAGAGCUUCCCACAAGGCGACGAGUGCCACGGCGAAGACCGAUACUUCUGCUCCAUGUGGCGCUCCGUCGGGUUUUUGAUGUCCUUUGCUGUUGUUCUGCAGGGCAUGGGUGUGGUCUCAUACCUGGUCAUCUUAUCUGGCGGCAAACGGCUGCGCGAAAAUGGGUGGAGUGUUCUUAGUUUGAUGGUUGGUCUGUCUGCCAUUGUGCAGGCAGCCGGCAUGUCGAUAGUGGCAUAUCUAUUUGAUAACGAGGACCGGUUCUUCGUCGGCUGGAAACUUGGCCAGUCCUGGAUCCUUUGCACUACUAGCUGGUGCCUCAGUGUUUUCUGCGCAGCCGUGGUUAUUGUGGCUGCUAAGAUCUUACCCUCCGAGGGUGGGUACGAGUUGAUCCCUGAUCAUGAUGAGCUUCGAGUCCCUUGAUAGCGCCCUGUGUAGCAUUCAUGACACCUGGACGAAUCACGCAUUACGCAAACAGAGGAAGCAGGCCUAUCUAAGUAUUACCGGUCCUUGACGACUUCUCAUAAUUCUACUAUUUCGGUGGUUGCAGGUUGUUGACGCUUUUCUAUCUUUUGAUUUCGUGCUGGGCGUUGGGGCUGUAUACUUCUUUUCUCCUUCCGGGCUAUGGUAGGGACAACUAAUAUGGAU